UCUGGCCUCAUUUUCAUCGUAUAAAACAGGUUGACCUUUCGCAGCAGCGUUUCUUUGAUGAAUGAGAGUCAUGGCGGUGUUUCUUCAUUAUUUUUGGUUCAUGCUCGCCUUUCUACAAUUGAGCGAAGGAAAGGGAAGCUCAAAUGACGAGGCAACCCUGAGAAAUGCAAUCUUUUCUGACUACGAUAAAUAUAUGGCACCAGUUGGGGAUGACGAUGGACCUGUUGUUGUCAAGCAAUCACUACAUUUUGUUAAAGUGGUCUCCCUGGACAAUGACGUUUUAAUAAUGCAAGUUUGGGAAUUCAUGAAAUGGAGGGAUACUCGAUUGCAAUGGGACCUUAACACUUUCAACAUCAAGUACAUUAACGGUGCGAGUAAAUGGGUGUGGCAACCGGAUAUCUUGUUAGUUGAUAGCCUUGAAGAAUACUCUGGUUUCCCGUCCGGUGAUCUGCUGGUUACCAUUUACAACGAUGGUAAUGUGAUAUUUGUACCGCCAAGAAUUCGAAAGACCGAUUGUGUUUUCAGCGAAUCGGACUUGUUCGCGCAAAAUAGUGUCACGUGUUCUCUGAUGUACAUGUCAUGGGUACACAGUCUAGUCACCUUAGAUUUGAGGAUUGACAGUCAGCCAGAAGUACUGAACAACGACAACCGGAAAUGGGAAGUAGUAGAAACAGCUGCUGAAAGAAAUGUCAAAACAUAUUCAUGCUGUCCCGACGAAUAUGUGGACAUCACCUACAAGAUCCAAUUAAAGCGAAUAAAGUAGGGCUUGCUAUUGUACUGGACCACUUGGAUUAUGAAACGUUUAUUCUUGGCUCUUUUAUGGACUCCCGUUCACUGCUUUGUGAGAAGAUUUAACCCUAACUAUGCUAAAUGACUGAAAUGGACUCAUCAAUCAUUCGUCAUUUUGAGGGAAAAUAUCAAAAUAAAUACUGACUUGCAAUCACAUCUCCUCGGUCUUUUCUGCCAAAUUUCGGAUAAGAUUAUGAAUAAUAGCCGAGUUUUUCCGAUGUACUGACAGCAUAUUUAUUGCAGUGUUCGGAUGCCAUUAUAUUUUAUAAAGAUUUCUAAACAAGCAAA